AUGCUGCACACGAUUGUCGGUUCCUGGAUCGGGAUUUUCAUCCUGAUCACCGGCGGGGCCUCCGGUCUGGGGGCCGCGUUUGCACGCGAGUGGGCGACGCACGGCGCCUUCAUCUUCAUCGCAGACCUGGACGACAGGCGCGGCGAGGAGCUGGUGGCCGAGCUCCGGCGCAGCAGCGGCAGCCCGCACCACCACUACCAGCACUGCGACGUGACGGACUGGGCCAGCCAGGUCGCGCUGUUCAAGGCCGCGCUGGCCAUCUUUUGGCUGCUCAAGAACCCGGCGCCGCAAAGGGACGACGAGGCGGAAGCGGGGACCCGCGCCACAGACGACGGCGAGAGCGCCGAGGACAAGCAAAAACGCAUCGCCAAGUGGCACAAGCAGCGCGACCGGCACAUCCUCCUCAUGGGGUCCAUCGGCGGCAUCAUGCCGCUGACGGGGUCGCCGCAGUACACGGCGUCCAAGCACGCGGUGACGGCGCUGUUUCGGUGCCUGCGCGUGACGUGCUUCUGGCGCGGGAUCCGGGUCAACAUGCUGCUGCCGUGCUUUGUCGACACGCCGAUGGUGCCCAACGGGGUCAUGUUCGUGCUGGCCGGGGGCGGCAAGGCGACGGCGGCGGACGUGGUGGACGCCGGGACGCGGUUCGUGGCGGUCAAGGACGUCUGCGGCCGGGCGGCGGUGGUGGGCCCGCGGAUGAAGGUCGAGGACCUCGGCGUGGAGGCCGGCCAGAGCGCGAGGAUCGUGGAGAUCGACCCCGGCAGCACCAACACGGGCAGGGGCGGGGUUUGGCCCGGCAGCCAGGCGGCCUGGGAGUGCUACGCGCACGACUACGAGAACUGCGAGACGUUUGUCUACCGGUACACGCGGGUCCUGGCAGGGUACACCGUGCUCAGGGGGUGGGUGGGCUGGUGGAGGGACGUGUUUGCCUUGAUGUUUAGAAGGGCAUCAGCCUAAGGUGGAAGGUGGAAAGUGGAAGGGCGGAAGAUAGGGAUCUGACUGCAUUGGUGUGGUUACACUGGCUCUACUGGUAU